AUGGAAGGGGAGGAGACCGGGCGUUCAGGUUCCUACGCGCCCUCGGAGGUGACGGGCGGGCACAGCACGUCCGAAGAACCCGCCCGCUCGGAAGAGUCCUCCAAACCUCUCGUGCUCAGGCUCCUGGAAGAGCAGGACGAGCUUGGGUCCCGGCAGGAAGAGGCCUGCGCACCCUCCCCGGUGGUCCACGUUUCCCACGACCCCUCCAUGCCGUACGAGCUCCAGGAGCCCCGAGCAACCCCCAGGUCCCACAAGGCCCGGCAUCCCCGGCGUCUCCUGGAACUUCGCGUGGGGGACAGAGACAACUUGUACCCGGGCGGGGUGACGACAUCCCCGUCCUUGAUCACCAGAUAUCCGCCGUGGCCUCCGCAGUCCCUGGGCGGUAGUUUGUUUUCUAGAAAGAGAACCCAAGAUCUUUCUAGACCAAAAAGACAAUGGGGAGUUCCAGAUAGAAGACUUUUUUGGGGAAAUCAAGAUCCUAUCCGCCCUGUUUCUGAACGUGCGCUUAAGGCUCAUCUCACCCCGAGACUUGAGGACCUUGCUCAGCCCAAGAUGCUCUCCGUGCACUAUGUACCUAACAGGGCUCAGUAUUACUACAGCUGCGGAAGAGAGUCUGUAAUUUGGCACAUUCCUCCCCCUGCCUUGUUUAGCCACCCAUCCAAAAGGAUCCAGAGGCUGGCACAGCCCAACAGAUUCAAGAGGCAGUACCAGCCAAAAAGGUACAAUCAACCAGUAAGACGGUCUCUUCGUUUCUCUGACCCUUCUCCUCGGAUUUUGCGACUGUCCAUAGCCAAAGGCACAGAUCCAAACUACAUUCCUCCAAACUAUGACAAAAACAGGAUUUCAUUGUCUGCCCUGAGUGCUACUGCAAGUCCAAGAAUUGUAGACCUCGCCCACCCAAGGCUCAAGUUAGAUGGUCUGUGCUAUGAACGGGAAAGUAAUGAAGUGCCCAUCCGUCCUGUGAACCCUGCUGCCAAGCUGGCCAAACCCAGUGCCCGCAUCAUAGCUUUAGCCAAGUCCAAGCCCGUCCAUCAAGAUUACCUGCCGGUGCGAGAUGCACAGUGGCCAAUAUCGUACGCCGCUACCCAUGUCCAAGCGUCUCCCAGAAUCGAAGAACUGGCUAACCCAUUUAAAAGGACUCCUGUGCAUAUCAUAUAUUAUGAUCCUGAUGUCUUUAAUGUCAAGCCGGCUGCUUUGAAAGCACGUUGUUCUCCCAGGAUCCAGGAACUGGCCAUGCCUCUCAAGCGUUAACUGUUGCAAGUCAGCUCCAUCAGACAUUAGCUAUGUGAUGACUUAGUUCCCUACCCUGAUACUAAACACCUCCCCAGUACCACCCCCUUCCAGGCCCUUCUAGAUAUGAGCGCUCCAGAGAAUACACUGUGAGCCGCAA